GAGGGUCGCUGGUCGUGUUGUGUCACUUGUCAGUUUGACGUUUGAGGUUAUGUAAUCGUCAAAAUGCAGCCUAAUUUAAUUAAAUCAGUUCGACCACUAACCGAAUUUGAAAAAAAAUUCAUUCCGGUGGAAAUUAUGGUCCGGGACAUGAACAGUUGGGAGCAAUACGCCGAAAAAGUAAUCAACUUCACCUCGAGAUAUAACAUCAGUUUCAGUAUUUCUUAUGCUCCGGACAACCUUGUGGGGAAAUACACCAAAUACCCAUCGUACGGGGAUUUCCCAGAGACGUACAGUUUGAGGUCUUAUGGCCGGUGGUGGAAAGAAAGUGAGGCCCACCAGCUGGAGUACAUGCCUCAGGAGAGCGACCCCCUGGGGGCCGAGGACUACGUCACUUUGGGGUUUGAGCGAGCCGUAGUCCCACGGGACGUUUGCAUUUAUGAGACGUACAACCCGGGGGCUGUCGUUCGGAUUUGGGGCCGCUUCACAGAACUACACUGGAAGUUGUUGUGGCAGGGCCCCCCACAAGUGUGUGCGGAGGAAUCCCGCAAGUUUCACCCCACCAUAAAAAAAUACAACUGCUUGAUCAAUGAAAUUCGGCUCGAAUUCAACCAAAGUCAUUUGAAAUAUCACACAGCAAUCGAUGCCGUCCUUCUAGGGGGCUAUCAACCCAAACGCAUUCUCCAGCAGCAUGUCUUACAAAACGACUUGCUCAACUGGAAAAUUUCCGAGGACGAGAGCCCCGAAAAACAAUUGACUGACACCGAUCCUGCGAACGGCAACUGUGAUUUUUUCGCACGUCUUCCUCAUGAAGUAAUUUUGCAUAUUUUCCAAUAUCUGGACUUGAAGUCGUUAUGUCGCUGUGCCCAAGUGAACAAAACGUGGUACGACGCCACCCUAGACCCCGUCUUGUACCAAAACUUGUCCCUCAAACGCUAUUGGCACCGAAUCAACAGCAAAAAUCUAAAUUACUUCAAAAAUCGGUGCCUGGGAAUACGAAAACUCGACUUGUCGUGGUGUGGAAGCGACGAUAAGUUCUUUUCAAGCACUUUCCUCCUGUUUUUACACCACUGCUGCCAACACCUCACUCACUUAUCAUUAUGUCAUUGCGAAUUCGUCAACAAUGAAAUCGUUGCGAAAAUUUCGCAAUGUCGCGAAUUGACAGAACUACGCCUACGUAACACUAAACCCGACUAUUACGCUUUCCAGCACUUAGCUCGUCUGAAUAAAUUAAUCACGUUGGAUUUGUGUUGCACUAACGUGACAGACGACCCGCUGAUGACAAUCCUGAAAGCCAAUCAGAAUUUGACACAUUUGAUGCUGGAUUUCUGCGAAAAUAUCGAGCGACUCGACCAGAUUGUUGAAACUGUGGCUAGUUAUAAUAAAAAUUUGAGGACGUGGAGUUCCUUUAAAACCACUACUUUGGUAUCCGGUGGCUUGCAUUUUGCCAGGUGUACCAACUUGAGAGAGUUAGAUUUGGGUUGGUGCUUCCUGUUUGCACACCCGGGGGAUUGUUUGGAGAAAAUUGCUGCCAACUGUCGCCAUUUAAAAAGGUUGAUUAUCUCACAGUGGAGGGGCGUUAACGACCAAAUGCUUUUGCCAGUGGUCACGUGUUGUAAAGAUUUAAGACAAUUGGACUUGUUAGGGAUUAAAAGUAUUACCGGUGAUAUAUGCGAGAGAGCGCUUGUGUCGCUAUCUCAUUUAAAAUUGCUCGAUAUUAGUUUUUGCGAUUCCAUUUCUGAUGAUCAAGUUCUUUUAUGGCGUACGAAUUAUCCCAAUGUCACUAUACAAAGGAGCUGUCAAUUUCUCGUCACGGAUUAUUUAAAUUAGAAUGUGAUGAUUAUAGUUUAAGGACCAAAAAUUGUGAUAUUGUUAGUAUUACCAACUGUUGCAAUAAAUAGAACUGAAA